UCCGAGGAAGGAGGCUCGGCUUUCGAGAAAAGGCCAGCGACUUCGACAAGGGGCGGGGCCGCUAGACAGGGGCCCGAAACCUGGAGCCAGCGUGGACCAAUCAGGCUGCUGAGAGCGGAUCCUCUGCGGGGAAAGUGGGCGUGGCCUAGGGGGGACAUCGCAGAGAACACACCGGAGGUCCUAGCCCCGGAAAACGCCCUCUGCGGUGAAGGAGAGACCACGCCGCCAUGCCUCCCGCUGGGCCCCGUGCAGCCCUCCUUCUCCUGUCACUUCUGCUGCUGCUGCGCGCUAUUCUGACCGUGCCCCUGGAGCGGGGGGCGCCCAAGAAGGAGAAUCCCGCGACCGAAAGCCCCGACACAGGCCUGUACUACCACCGGUACCUCCAGGAAGUCAUCAACGUGCUGGAGACGGACGGGCACUUCCGGGAAAAGCUGCAGGCCGCCAAUGCUGAGGACAUCAAGAGCGGGAAGCUGAGCCGGGAGCUGGACUUCGUCAGCCACCAUGUCCGCACCAAACUGGAUGAACUCAAGCGGCAGGAGGUGUCGAGGCUGCGGAUGCUGCUCAAGGCCAAGAUGGACGCCCAGCAGGAGCCCAAUGUACAGUUGGAUCACCUGAGCCUCCUGAAGCAGUUUGAACACCUGGACCCUCAGAAUCAGCACACAUUCGAGGCCCGGGACCUGGAGCUGCUGAUCCAGACAGCCACCCGGGACCUUGCCCAGUACGACGCAGCCCAUCAUGAAGAGUUCAAACGCUACGAGAUGCUCAAGGAACACGAGAGACGCCGUUAUCUGGAGUCCCUGGGAGAGGAGCAGCGAAAGGAGGCAGAGAGGAAGCUGGAAGAGCAACAGCGCCGGCACCGAGAACACCCCAAAGUCAAUGUGCCUGGCAGCCAAGCCCAGUUGAAGGAGGUGUGGGAGGAACUGGAUGGAUUGGACCCCAACAGGUUUAACCCCAAGACCUUCUUCAUACUGCAUGGUAAGGUGGGGAGGGAGUCCCAACACCCAGGCUAACGCUCAGGCUCUGACCUUUCUGGGGC